CCAGGGCUUAAGUAUAUCCAUCCUGUCAGAAACCGUCUCUCUCUCUCUCUCUGUCCCGACUGCGAAUUCAGUAUCUGCCUGAAUUGGCUGUGCAAAUAAACUUUGGCAAAGCUUUGACAACUUUCACUGAUUGAUUUAAAUAUAAAACAGCAAAUGCCAAGAAGAUUGAAGAGUGCAAAUGAGGUCUUAUUGAAAAUCCAAAGGAGGGAAAGUAUGUGCUGUUGCAAGUCUAGGCAAGGUUAAAGGUGUUCUCUUUCUGAACAAGGAGGGUUGCUUCAUUUGGUACCGCUAGCUGGAAAUUAAGUCAUCACAGCAAGGGAAGCGCUGUACUUCAUUGAGCCCAUUGGUUGCUCUUCUUUUGGUGGUUCUGUUUGCACUAUGUGGAGAUUUCACAUUUACUUUUGGAUUCUACCAGUGUUUACACCCAGCUGUGGAUCUCAAUCUGGCCAGGAUUAUUAUGAGUACUAUAAGGAAGGGGAAGAAACUGAGGGUCAGUUAGGCAGUGAUCUGGUGGAACAGCUGCAGUUUCCCUCGAGUCUGGACAAGCUGCUGGACCUCCUAUACCCAGAGUACCGUCUCCUCCAGCAGUGCCUGCACAGGAAGGCUGCUCUCAUACCCAACGAACCCGAGCAUGAAGAGGCAGCUUGGGGCUAUGUGAAGGAGGCCCCGCUGUAUGCAGGAGGGAUGACUGAGGAGAGCUUACGAAGUAUCAUGCUGGAAUAUGAAAAGACACAAUGCACUCCUAGAGAAGUGUGCCUGGACAUCACCAAGGAGUUCCCUGAGAGCACAGUUCACUUCUACAAGCCAUCAUGUGUGUCCGUGCAUCGCUGUGGAGGCUGCUGCAACCACGAGGGCUGGCACUGUACCAACAGCAGCCACAACUACAGCAGCAAAACACUUCUUGAGUUCACAGUUCCUCCGUCUGGACACCCUGAGAUAGUUAUGAUCAGCUUUGUAAACCACACAUCCUGUGAGUGCAAAUCCAAAAGCAACCCAAGCAGGCCACCCCACUCUGUCAUCAGGAGGUCGAUAAAGGACAAACUUGCUCGAUGUGCUGGGCCAGACUCAUCCUGCCCUCCUGGUCUGUCCUGGGACCCUGUUGACUGUCAGUGUGUGCCGGAUGACAUGAGCACAUUUGGAUCCCUGAGCGAGGCUCUGGCAGACUUUUGCGGACCUCGAAUGUGGUUUGAUGAGGAGAGCUGUCGGUGCCUGUGCCGGAAUGGGCUGACCCAGUCGAGCUGCGGAGCCAGGCGGAGGCUGGACGAGGCUUCAUGCAAGUGCGUCUGUGGUGAGGAUUCAGGCCCCGAGUCCUGCCGGCCUGAUCAGAGCUGGGAUGAGAAGCAGUGCAGCUGUGUCUGCCGGGAGAGCUGUCCAAGCAGACAGCCCCUGACCUCAGUUACCUGCCAGUGCGAGUGCAAAGAGAGCGACGCCACCUGUCUGCUUCUGGGGAAGAAAUUCAACCCCAACACCUGCAGCUGUUACCGGCUGCCCUGUAGGACUCAGAACAGGAGAUGUGCAUCUGGAUUUUAUUUCAGCCACUAUGUCUGUCACUGCAUACCGAACUACAUGAGAUCUUAUGAACUGGCUUGAUGGAACAAGACUGCAUGUACAUCUGCACAGAGAAGUCCUGUUUAGCACUUCAGAAGAAAACAAACAGAAAAAAGGUCAAGACGACACGUGCAUUUGGUGAAAACAAGAACCACACAGUGAACUAUGCUGUGGGUCUCAGUAGUUCACUACAGCAACGUAUUAUCUGAAGAGAAGGAUGAACAGAAGGGCACUGUAAGGUGUGAAUUACUAUGCUUUACAAUCUGAAGCAUGAAACGUGAAACUAUCAACUAAGCAAAAUCAUGGGAUUUUUGCAAUGUAUGCACUUCGGAACCAGUGAACUAAAGGUCGUAGCUAUUAUGUAUCAAACAAAAGGUAAAUAAUUUCCUUUCAGCAGCUAUUCUUUAGUAUACAAAAUGGCAUACGCUUAUGGCUGUUUCACCAGUUUGUGUUCUCUAAUCAUACACUACCAUGUCUACCAGUACAUAUUCUGUAUAUAUAUAUAUAUAUUAUUAUUUAUUUAUUUGUUCUUUUUUUUGCUGGGCCACCCUUGCGGCAUUAGUUAAUAAGCUACUUCCUGGGAUACCCAGCCAAUGGUCCCCUCUUUUAAGGACAGCAUUUAGACCAGAUUGUCCUCCUACUUCAGCAUACCUUAGGAGCUUUUGCUUAGUGUGUGGUGCAGUGAGACUGUAGGUAGUGAGAAAGAAAGGAACUGCUACUGAAAAGUAAAAACCUUGUUUUUUGUAAAUGGCUAAAAACAAUCAUAGGAAGCCUAUAUAGUUUUUUUCUUCAUUUAAUUACAAAGAUUUCAAUAACAUUAAAAACAGCUUUUAUUUUCUGUUAUACUGUAGGUAAUAAUGGGCUGCCAUUGUUUAAAAUGUAAUUUUGUUUUAAAACAAUAAAAGCAACAAAAAAGGUACAGUAUAUAAUUAUUAAACUAUAAUGAUUUUUCUUUAUCAAGUCAUUAUAAAAAUAGCCAAUUAUGAUUUUAAAAAAAAAAAGGUUAUUCUUUGAGCUGCAGUUUAUCCUGCCUCAGUACCUUAUAGGAAUUGAUAUUGCUGUAAUAAAUCAUUGUAUGUGCUGGUCACAAAAGUGCUAUACAUGCAUUAUUAUAAAAGGUUUUGAUAUUAUGGUAUAUUAAUGCAUAUUAUAUAUACUGCAAGGGUUUUGACCAUUUAUGUUCCUGUAGUUUUGAAUAUAGUACUGAAGAUUUUAUUUCAGAACAAUGGCAUGUUAACAAAACAUUUAAAAAGGAGUGCUUGCCAACAUUAAAAACAAGUCCAAAACCAAAUGACCAGAACAACUUUCAAAAGGGGUACUGAACAAGGAGUGCCUACCUGUUUUUAGUUACACUUUCCUGUCAAGCGUUAAAAUGAUCCAUUAACCCUUUAUUACCUUACUCUUAUAUGUUGAUACACCCUCCUCAAGUUGGUGAAGAAAGUUCAAGUUAUCAAAAAUGGUACUGUGGAAGGGUGGGGGUAUUCACUGACACAGGAGACAGAAGGUUUUAUUUGUAACCACCGCACAGGUGCCCAGAUUUAUUUAUUUUCCUUAUUUAUUCUUUUAUUUAGUUUAGCCCGCAGAGGGCGCUGUUGUCCGUGGUCUGGAUACUGCCGACAGUAAACCAGGACCACGGGGUUACCAACACAGGUAUCCCAGUCCGUGCACCUUCAAGUGCUCAAAAUAAUAAUGAAAACAGAAGGCGAAAGAAAAAGGGAAAAUAAAACACAGUAAUAAAACUACAAACAAAAGUGCUGCUUAUGCAGUGCCCCCACUGCCGCUAAGCCGGUCAGCACGGGUCUCCGUCCUACACUCGGCUAUGCCUAUACGCUGGGGUUGGCCAGGGUUCCCCGUACUUCUACACACGUCCCCUCAGGUACGUGUCUAUUUAUAUUGCUCUGUGCAAAUUAGUUUUGGGUUUUUAUGAACGGCUGCCCCUCAGCCGGGCUCGCCUGCUCUUUGUUUCACGCUGGCCUUUUCUGCCAGCAACACUGUAUUUUCCCCCAACACAGCCACCCGAGCGCAUAACCAAGCCAGUUCUUAUGGGCCGAGCAGUCUCCCAAGGCCCGCCCCUCAGCCACUCGGAGAGAGGGAAAGCACACACACCCUCUUCCCCACCUCUCUGUGUCAUCGCCAUGACCGACAGGCGGAUCCCACUGCUGAGACUGCUGCCCUUUACCUGCAGUAAUACGAAUGUGCCAGACAGUCAGUCCAGAUCUCCCCUGUUACACAUCCUCCCCCUCAGAAUGGCACCACCGGUCCAUUCGAAAAUCCUACAACCCAAUGCCUUCCCGAGAGAAAAAGUCUGCGUUUUGAUGCAGUUUCCCUGCUCGGUGGACUACCCUGAAGGCAUAGGGCUGCAGGGCCAAGUACAACCGCGUGAUUCUGGCGUUGUUAUCCUUCAUCCGGUGAAGCCAUGCUAAGGGGGCAUGAUCUGUAAUCAGGGUGAAGUGUCGCCCCAGGAGGUAGUACCGGAGUGACUUUUACUGCGAGACACUCCUUCUCGAUGGUACUAUAGUUUUUCUCGCGGGGAAGGAGCUUCCUGCUGAUAUACAGGAUCGGGUGCUCGCUUCCCCGCACCUCCUGAGACAACACUGCCCCGAGACCUGUCUCUGACGCAUCCGUGUGCAGGGUGAACCUCCUAUUAAAAUCAGGACUGCAUAGCACUGGCUUGCUACACAGCCUUUGCUUCAAAGCGAGAAAGGCUCUCUGGCACGGCUCCGUCCACUGAACCGUAUUUGGGGCAGCCUUCCUGGUGAGGUCUGUCAAAGGAGCAGCGAGCGUGGCGAAGCUCGGGAUGAACUUCCUAUAAUAGCCCGCUAGUCCCAAGAAAGAGCGCACCUGGGUUUUGGUCGUAGGGACCGGCCAGUCAGCCAAGGCUUUCACCUUAGCAAUCAGCGGUCUGAUCUAGCCACUCCCUACUCGAUACCCCAAAUACUCCGACUCACUCUUCCCAAUGGCACAUUUCUUUGGGUUAGCAGUGAGCCCAGCCUCCUGCAAGGAUUGCAGUACCGCCACUACCUUACACAGAUGACUCGGCCAGUCCUCACUGUGGAUAACCACGUCAUCUAUGUAAGCAGCGGCGUACUGCUGAUGGGGCCGCAAAAUGCGAUCCAUCAUCUGCUGGAACGUGGCUGGUGCUCCAUGCAACCCAAAAGGCAUCGUCCUAAAUUGGUAUAACCCGAAGGGAGUCGAAAACACCGUCCUCUCUCUGGAUUCUGGGGUCAGGGGUAUCUGCCAGUACCCCUUCGUUAAAUCCAGUGUCGUCAUAAAAUGAGCCGUGCCUAGACGCUACAGCAACUCAUCUACCCGGGGCAUGGGAUAAGCGUCAAACUUCGAUUUCUCAUUAACUCGCCUGAAGUCAAUGCAAAAUCGAGUUGACCCGUCCGGCUUAUCCACUAAAACAAUUGGACUGUUCCAGUCACUUUGGGACUCCUCUAUUACACCCAGUCUGGGCAUCUCGUCAAUCUCUGCCUUUACUACCUGCCUUUUGCGCUCAGGUAUGCGGUACGGCCUGUGGCGAACUAGCGCCCCCGGCUCAGUCUCAGUGUGAUGGUGGGCUACUCGAGUCUGCCCCGGGACGGGAGAAAACACAUCAGGAAACUCCACCACCAGCGCCCGAGCCUGGCAUUUCUGGGUUGGUGUCAGAUUAUCUGCAAUCUGUACCGACCCUUGUUUCGCCAACACAGAAAGAUCAGGUCCCAGGUCGGUGACGUCAUCUGCUUGCGCCGCUAACAAAGCCUCCUGCUGUAACCAAGGCUUCAGCAGGUUUACAUGGUAAAUGUGCUUUUCUCUUCGUCACUCCGGCUGGCAGAUCUCAUAGUCCACCGUACCAACCCGGCGUGUAACCUCAAACGGUCCUUGCCACUUCGCCAGAAGUUUGGACUCAGAGCUGGGUAACAGAAGCACCUUAUCCCCCGGCUGAAACGUGCGCAACCGGGCCCCCCUGUUAUAUUGGGUCUCCUGUCUGUGCUGAGCCUGCUGCAAAUUGUCAUAUGCCCAUUUUCCUACAGACUCAAGACGUUUGCGCAGAUCCAACACAUACCGGACAGUAUUGGUCGAAUUGUCCUGCUGCUCCUCCCACAUCUCUCUGACCAGAUCGAGCACACCCCGGGGUCUCCGACCAUACAGCAACUCGAAUGGCGAAAAACCUGUGAAAGCCUGGGAUACCUCUCUGAUAGCAAAGAGAAGGGGAGGAAUCAGCUGGUCCCAGUAGCGCACGUAACUGUUUACAAAUCUGCGCAACAUGUUUUUGAGGGUCUUAUUAACCCUUUGCGGUCCAUUUAUUAAUCGCGCGUCAGGCACGCCAGGAAUAAUUAAUUUUCACACGCGCAGUUAAUUUUAUACGCGCUGUUUAAAAGUAUUUUUUUUCACAGUCAAACGGGUUUAAAUGGCCCUGCAUAUCAACAAAGCACACACUAGGCAUCUCCAGCCCCUCCCCAGCCUUUUGUUUGCUAUAGCGUUCAGCUGUGUAAGAAAUAAAUAAUAAUAAUAAUAAUAGUCGUACAUACCGAUCGAUCAUCUCCAGAUCACUCGUUUUAUCACCAAACUCCUCAAUAAUGCGAUCAAAGUCAUUAUUUUAUUACUAUAACAUCUGAAAAAAGCUCUGCAAAUGUCCAUGAUAGUCUCAGUGCGCUGACGCACUUAGCCAGCUUGUUUAUUAUGGACGCCCAUUAUCUGAUACCUGAUACCAUGUAUGACUAUUCAUGAAAUACGCCUUUUUUUUUUUUUUUUUUUUUUUUCAAACUUGUCUCGGCUCCUGUCGCUACCACUCGGCAAUUGAAUGGUUUUCUCGGCUUUUUCCGGAGAAAAAACGACUAAACACCCGUUUAUUGCGUUGCUAUAAUGAUGUCGGACCCAGUCCGACAAAGGACCUGUGAGGAAUAAUUGCAAUGUCGGACCCAGUCCGACAAUGGACCGCAAAGGGUUAAAACGCUCCACAAGACCAUCGGUCUGAGGGUGAAAAACCGAGGUUCUAAUGGUCUUAAUCCCCAAAAGUUUACAUGUUCCACGGACUAGCCGGGACAUAAAGUUGGUGCCUUGGUCGGUCAGUAUUUCCUUGGGGAUCCCCACCCGGGAGAAAACCUUCACGAGCUCGUUGGCAACAGAUUUAGCAGACGCAGAUCGGAGGGGAAUGGCCUCUGGAUAACGCGUAGCAUAAUCCAAAAUGACCAAUAGGUGUGUGUAUCCUGCCGCACUCCUUUCUAACGGUCCCACUAUAUCUACUCCAAUAUGCUCAAACGGAGCUUCCACUAGGGGCAAUGGCACCAGUGGAGCUCGUGGGACGGCUCUAGGGCUAGCUUUCUGACAUUCCCCACAUCGUUCACAAAACCGCCUCACAUCACUAUCCAACCCCAGCCAAUAGAACCGUGUCACGAGCCUCGCUUUAGUCUUGUCCCUUCCCAAAUGACCAGAUAGGGGAAUAGCGUGAGCAAGCUGCAACAAAUCCUCCUUAAAGGGCUGAGGAAUGAGCAACUGGUGAAGCACUUCCCCCGUCUGGGGUAAUUUUUCAAAACGAUACAACAGGUCUCGAUCAAUCUCAAAGUGAGGGUACGUGGCGGCGCGUCUGGGCUCGACCACACGACCAUUAACCACCGCUGCUUGAUCAAAGAGCCUGCCCAGCACGUCGUCACGCCUUUGCUCGAGUCGGAAGUCAUGGGAACGUGCUAAAAAUCAGCUCCCAUGGCUUCCAACUCGGGAUCAGUUCGGUCCUGAGUGGAGGCAGCAGAGCCAGACCCCUGCGCUGACUCCGCGCCCCCCCCCCCAGUCUCUUCACCAAUCGCCCCCACCUGAUACUUCUCGGACUCCCUCCAUUGCCAGCCCUCAUUCUUAGCGGCCCGGCGUUCCCGUUUAGUUUUGCGGGGUCUAAAUCUGUGGCAAUAGCAAUCCGGGUCACGAAAGGGAAAGAUCUCGCCAAUUACUUCCUCUUUCUUAGCCAAUAAGGAGGACGGGGCUGUCACAGCAGCCAACCAAUUUUUAAACUGCUCGCAGUCCCGUCCCAGAACUACCGGUACCGGCAAUCGAGGACACAAACCCAAUUGCACUCACGUCACCUGCUGGCCAAUUUUCAGAUUCACAUACAUUUUAGGAUAAGUGCGCACAUCCCCAUGAAUACAUUUUAUAUGCACCUGCCCCGUUAUUAUUAUUUGUUUAUUUAGCAGACGCCUUUAUCCAAGGCGACUUACAGAGACUUGGGUGUGUGAACUAUGCAUCAGCUGCAGAGUCACUUACAAUUACGUCUCACCCAAAAGACGGAGCACAAGGAGGUUAAGUGACUUGCUCAGGGUCACACAAUGAGUCAGUGGCUGAGGUGGGAUUUGAACCGGGGACCUCCUGGUUACAAGCUUGUUUCUUUAACCACUGGACCACAGAGCCUCCUAUUUGCUUAUGUCCUGGUGAGAUUAAGCUCUCUUGUAUCAGGGACUGACUACACCCUGAAUCUAAGAGAGCCUGGGUUUGUGUAUCAUCCACUGACACAGGAAUCACAAAACCCGUCUGCUGGAGUGACUGAUGGAAUGGAACAGUCUUACCUGGUCGAAUGACAUCACAUCCCAUAGUGGGGCAAUCCCGGUCGAUGUGGCUCACCUCCCAGCUUGUUCCACACAUCAGUGAACUGGUUUCUUGCCAUGAAGCUUCAGCAGGAGGUUGAAACACAGGACCCAUCAAAGGGGAUCGACGGUAGGGUGGCCGUGCGAGACCCCAGCCCAACACUGCCGCAGCCCGUGGGUGACCCCACUCUGCCCCAGUUCUCGGGCCAGGAGCUCCCACCGCCACACUCCGUCCAAAGACCUUGCUACCCCUUCCCCCCAGUCCCUUCGCCCUCCCUGGGGCCAGACGAGGGGGUGGUGCCGGUGUAGCGCAGUUUCCAGGCAGCUUAGCGGGCGUUGGUUCCGCUGCCUGGUACUGCUCUGUCAGUUGGAUCGCCAACUCUAGGGUGGCGGGUGCCUGCCGUUGCACCCACACCCGCGGUCCCGCAGGCAAGCACUGCAGGAAACGCUCGACCACCACUACCUCCACCAGCCUGGCAGUGGUGGUGGCUCCCGGGUUCAACCAUCCCCUGUGCGUAAUCCUGCAAAUGAUGCGCGAUGGCCCUGGGGUGUUCCUCUGCUGAGAAGUUCUCCUCCCUGAACCUGCGGCGGUAGUCCUCCGGAGUCGCACCCACACGGUUGAGGAUGGCAGCAUUCAGUGUGGGGUACUCCAUCAUUGCCGCUAGAUCCAGGGUCCUCGCUGCCGCCUGCGCCUCCCCAGUCAGCUGGGGCAGGAGGUAGCUAGCCUACUGCUUGCGGGCCCACCCGGCAGAGAUCGCCAUUGCCUCAAAUACCUCCAGGUAUGCUUCUGGCCAAUCCUCUGCCGUCAUCUUCGUGGGCUGCUGUAGCCAUAGGUCUGGCCUCGCAGCUCUUGCACUCCCCUGACCCACCGCAGUAAGGGUUUCCCGCAGGAGAUCCAUUAAGGCUGCUGGGGAUCCAUUCUGCUCCCUGGUUUUGCACUGCUUUGUGUGGGCAGUGCCAGUGAAUCCCACUCUGACACCACGUGUGGAAGGGUGGGGGUAUUCACUGACACAGGAGACAGAAGGUUUUAUUUGUAACCACCGCACAGGUGCCCAGAUUUAUUUAUUUUCCUUAUUUAUUCUUUUAUUUAGUUUAGCCCGCAGAGGGCGCUGUUGUCCGUGGUCUGGAUACUGCCGACAAACCAGGACCACGGGGUUACCAACACAGGUAUCCCAGUCCGUGCACCUUCAAGUGCUCAAAAUAAUAAUGAAAACAAAAGGCGAAAGAAAAAGGGAAAAUAAAACACAGUAAUAAAACUACAAACAAAAGUGCUGCUUAUGCAGUGCCCCCACUGCCGCUAAGCCGGUCAGCACGGGUCUCCGUCCUACACUCGGCUAUGCCUAUACGCCGGGGUUGGCCAGGGUUCCCCGUACUUCUACACACGUCACCUCGGGUACGUGUCUAUUUAUAUUGCUCUGUGCAAAUUAGUUUUGGGUUUUUAUGAAUGGCUGCCCCUCAGCCAGGCUCGCCUGCUCUUUGUUUCACGCUGGCCUUUUCUGCCAGCAACACUGCCCCAACACGGCCACCCGAGCGCAUAACCAAGCCAGUUCUUAUGGGCCAAGCAGUCUCCCAAGGCCCGCCCCUCAGCCACUCGGAGAGAGGGAAAGCACACACACCCUCUUCCCCACCUCUCCGUGUCAUCGCCAUGACCGACAGGCGGAUCCCACGAGACUGCUGCCCUCUACCUGCAGUAAUACGAAUGUACCAGACAGUCAGUCCAGAUCUCCCCUGUUACAGGUACCCUUGGUUUGCUUGCAAAGUGGUAAUGUCAAGUUAAGCAGUGCAAAAUGAUUAUUUGGAUAAGCUGCCACAGAUGAGGGUCAUUGAUGGUGACUGGGCUAAUUUACAAUUCCAAGUGAAACAAUUGAAGAAACAGCUGCUUGGAUUUGUGUAGACUGCUAUUCUCUAAUCGCAUUGGAUCAAUUCAAAUACCAUAUUUUAUACAAAUGUAUACAGAUAUUUUACAUGUAUUAUUUACAUAUAUUAUAGCUGGACAAUGUCACAUAGAAAUGAUGUACCUGCAUUGCACAGGAAUGUAUAGAAAUCAGAUAUUUUUAUAAUAUGUCAUUUUUCAGUACCUCUCCUUUUGACAGUUGUCUUGGGAAUUAAAAGAACAUAUUUUGUGUGAAAACUGUGAAGUUCAAGAAGAGUAAAUAUAUUUAUUAACUAUUGUAUCAUUGUUUUAUAAAUUGUUAUUGUACAGUAUUGUGAUUUUGCAUUCUGUAUGAAAUGUACUUGUUUAUAGAACACUUGUUUUGUGUCCAGUAUUUUUGAAAAUUGUGUAUCAAUACUGCAAUAGAAUUAAU